CCCGGCUGCGCGCCCCCAUCAAUCGUCGGGCCGCGCAGUGAGCGUUCCAUAUCGUUGGAUUGCUGGGCGGCGACGGAGUCGAUGUCCGGAGGCCAAGAAGGUGGCGAGGACUCAGGGAGCAUGGCAUCUGGCUGCGCCACAGCCGGUAGCCAAUUAAGUGAUGUAUUUCGCAAGUUGUAAUAACAUGGGUCUGGAGGCAGGUCUGAUGAUUGAGAACUUGAAAAGGCAGACAACAAAUGGGGCAGUACUCUGAUCUCAUCUCAGUUUUUCUUUAAUAUUUUGUCUUUAACUCUGUAUUACAUGGCAUGUUCUUAAAAUUUUGUUCUAUACUCGCCGUAUCCCCGUAUAGCUUUUUUUUGGAAAAUGCCAUAUCCCGUGUCCCCGUAUGCGUAUUGCCGUGUCCGUGUCUCCUUAUCCGUGCCUUUUAGCUCUCUCAUCCCAUGAUGCCUUGUUAAUCUUCACUUGCUUGAGCCUAUAUGGGUAUUUAAUACAUUUGUAUAUACGCUUUACUUGUAUUUGUAACAAGAGCCAAACUGAGCUUAUUUUUACUGGCCAUCUGUAGCAUUCGUUGAUGGAUCUCAGAUCACUUAAGUUACAACGUGAUGACAUCUUACUUGUGGUUAGGUGGUGGUACUACUUAGCAGAUAUAAGAUAUGCAGUUAAACUUAGUAAUACUGCUGUCAUAUAUAGGUUGUGAAUAUCAUCAUUUAAUAACCCUACUGCACUACCAAGAAUUGUCGAAUCACCAAUGAUAUUAUCUUUGCAUGAAGAUGAAGUGGGUGUUUGAACUCUGAACGGGUGUUUUAUAUUUCUUGCUCACAGAACCUCUUUUCCAUACAGGACUUAAGUGAAGUUUGUAAUCCAUGUUCUGUUGGGCACAGUAAGAUACUCCCUCCGUCCCAUAAUGUAAGACGUUUUUUGACACUAGACUAGUGUCAAAAAACGUCUUACAUUAUGGGACGGACGGAGUAACUGUUAAGUAUAGACAUCAUCCCCUAUGAUGACCAAAGAUUCUAAAUAGUGCCUAGAUUGAUUAUAUUAGUUAUGGUCUUUUCGACCAUGUGAGGCCAUCGCUGAAUGAGCUUGUAGACAGGAUUAAAGACGAGACUCGAUGUUGGGCAAAGGCCGGGGCUCAAGGGCUCAGGGUGUUUUGCCAUCAUCCUGGGAUGUCCACUGAGUCUCUGUUGGCUGUGUAAAACUGCCUCCUAGGAGGAUGUAAAUUCCCUUUCUUUCCAAUGCAAUGAAACGCAAAAGCCAUUUGCGUUUUCUCGAAAAAAUUAGUUAGUCUUAUAGAUCAGCCAGAAGUGAAUUGCCAAUAGGUAGUACAUUGAUUUGGAGAGACCGAAGUUAGUAUAAGAACUUUGUGGAUGAUUAUAGUAACAGAUCAAGUAGAGGUGAACUGCCACUGGUUAAUGUGUAUCUGCCUGAUGGGUUUAGGGUGAACAUCGAUUUAUUUUCAUUGUGAUGUAUUAUUUAGCAGUGCUGAAUGCAUUUAUUUGAUGACGUUUGCACCACUUGUUGCACUACGGUUACUUGUAUGGCUUCCACUAUUUUUUACAUGACCGUAAGUAUGAUUUACCUCUUAUCAUUGACCUCACAUCAAUAAUGUGACGAAGUCAUCUUAAUUCUGUGGCUUUACAUACUUCCUGCAGAUCACAUCAUGGACCUAGGCGAAGAUCAGAAUUCCUUUAAAACCAAAAGAUCAAGAGCCACAAAUUGGCCCUCAGUAAUGUCAAAGUUUCUACUUAAUUGGUACCUUGAGAAAAAGAAGGCGAUGCCACCUAAGACCAAAUUCAAGAAGACACACCACCAUUAUUGCCAAGCUGCACUAAAUGCUAGAUUUGAGUCUGCUUACACUGUUGAUCAGGUCCAUCGCCAUUUGAGGCGUUUCAAGGAGGUUUGGAAUAUUGUGGCGCGUUAUAUGAACGAGAACGGGAGCAGGUUUGACAAGAAAAACAAAAUGUUAAUACUACCUUCUGCAACCAUGGCUGCUCUACCCUUAGCAGAACGUGCUAUUCUCGUUAAACCCAUUCCAUUCUUCGACCAUUUGCAAGCUCUCUUCAGCGAUUGCCUAGUUGAUGGUGCCUCUAUGACAGACCUGCUUACAGAUGCUGACUUAAAUGAUGAUCAGAUGGAAACCCAGGAUCCGUUGAACAUGAUGGUUGUUCAUGCAGACACAGGGGACCCACACGAGGCAGGCUUGGACAAAGUUGUUUUGGGGGGUGAAGAUGAGUGUCAUGAGGUUGCAGUUAUUAGCGCCGUUGGUACAGUACCAUGUGAAGUUAUGUCAGGCACUAGUGCACCAUCUGCUGAACCAUCAGGAUCGGCUGAGAGCACAAUAGCUGCUCUCAAACCCAGCUUGAAGCAGUGCAAGAUAGUCAGCAAAGCAAAAGCAAAUCUAAAGCCACAGGCUGUUGCGCUACAUGAUAGCAGGAAACCAGACGCGUUCAACAGGAACUUAAUGGGGAUCCAUGACAGACUCGCUAAACCAACACGGACAGCACCACCACUGUCAGACCCAAAUGCUCCUCUGUGGAACAUGCUAAAGGAAAUUCCGUUGACACCUGCUGAUAGGCUGUCAGUUGGGAUUUAUCUUUGUAAGCCAGAGUCUGAAGUGCAUCGAAGUUUUUUCAUGAGUAUGGGUAAGGAGUACCUAGAGGCAUGGGCCCACAAGUUCUUGAGUGGAGGGGAGCCUGGAGCCUUAUAGUUUGAUUGCUUAAUCACGGCUCAUUGCUUUAAAUUCAGCCCACGCUCUCUGUGGAUGAAUUGUUCUUCAGACUUCAGAGGGCCUUGUUUGUGCUGCUACAUAUUGGUGCACCUCUUGUGCUAUAAGCAUUGGUAAAUAUGAUUGGUUUUUUUGCGGGAAAACUAUUAAUUAGUUAGUUAUCAUGUAACUUGCCUUAACACCUUACCCGAUAGUCCAGUGUAGUUUGCGGACAAUUUGUGAGCAUCUUAUGCUCAUGGCUUAUUCUACGUAUGAUCAGAUGUCCCAAGAUUACAAAUGUCAACUGAAAAUGAUGGUAUGUAUGUGUGGUUUGUUUUCUGAA